AAAUCGAUAGAAGCUAGAGAGUAGAGACCACAUGGACAAAAAUUCCCACCGGACCAACCAUUAAAUCACAUCAAAAUUUUACACAGAAGGUCGAUAAUGGUGGCACAUGUGGGACUCAUAUCGCUCUUUUCUCCUUGCUUUCCUUCUCCGACUCGUCUUCCUCGUCUCCCCUCCUCCAAGCACAGACCUUUUACUACCAUGGCGGCACUGAGUGAUGAUCCGGUUCGUGAAUGGAUUCUCUCAGACGGAAAUGCAACACAGAUAACAAGAAUUAGUCCUGUAGGGGGCGGCUGCAUCAAUCGUGCUAAUCGUUACGACACUGAUGCUGGUUCUUUCUUCGUGAAAACAAACAGGAGCAUUGGGCCAUCGAUGUUUGAGGGAGAGGCUCUUGGUUUAGGUGCCAUGUAUGAAACUGGGUCAAUUCGUGUCCCUAAGCCGUUCAAGUUCGGGCCACUACCUACUGGUGGGUCUUACAUCAUUAUGGAAUUUAUCGAAUUUGGUUCAUCUAGAGGUAACCAGUCUAUUCUAGGCAGGAAGCUUGCUGAAAUGCAUAAAGCUGGAAAAUCUGAAAAAGGUUUUGGUUUUGAAGUUGACAACACUGUAGGCAGCACUCCACAGAUAAACACUUGGUCAUCAGAUUGGAUUCAGUUCUAUGGGGAGCAUAGACUGGGUUAUCAGUUGCAGCUGGCAUUAGACCAGUACGGUGAUAGUACUAUAUAUGAAAAAGGACAAAGAUUGAUUAAGAGUAUGGGAUCGCUCUUUGAUAACAUAGCUAUAGAACCAUGUUUGUUACAUGGGGACUUAUGGAGCGGAAAUAUCAGCGCUGAUAAGAAUGGCGAGCCUGUUAUACUUGAUCCAGCAUGUUACUAUGGACAUAACGAGGCAGAAUUUGGAAUGUCGUGGUGUGCUGGCUUUGGAGGAUCUUUCUACGGUUCCUAUUUCGAGGUGAUGCCAAAACAACCAGGAUUUGAUAAGAGGAAGGAGCUAUAUCUGUUGUAUCAUUACUUGAAUCAUUAUAACCUCUUCGGGUCGGGUUAUCGUUCGUCUUCAAUGUCUAUAAUAGACGAUUAUCUUCGGAUGUUGAAAGCUUAGACAUUGUGUAUAACUUUUUACUUUUAGUGUUUCUGUGGAAACAAGUCAAGUGCAUCUGUAUAUGUCGCUGCUCGGUCUUGGUCGUUUUCUUGGUCAUUAUAGUGCAAGGGGCUUGUAGCUUAUGCGGUUAAGAGUAUUUAUCUCACGAGAAAAAAUAAAGAAAACAGUGAAUUCCAAUUUUA